AAGAUGAUUACCUUCCGGGUCGAGGUGCAUACAGACCAAAGCGGAGAUGUAAGCUUCCUAAAAAAACUACACUUUCAUGACUUUUCUCCGCGGACUCAAAUCUUUUUGUGUGUCUUGCGCGUCUGGGCGGGCAGGCUAAGCAUGCAUUCUACCAUUGCUUUAGCUUCUAGCUCCCGUGGACUUUUACGGACCGGAAGAGUCCUUUCAUCAAAACGGCUCGGUAGGCACUUCCGGAAGUGAUGCGCAGGGUUCCGGGAGAGUGCUGGCGGGAGAGGGGACAGGGCAGCGAUUGACGCGGCAGCUGGAGGAUGAAGAAGGAGCAUGUUAGUCACUGUCAGUUCUCCGCGUGGUACCCACUCUUCCGAAGCCUUACCAUCAAGAGUGUCAUCCUCCCGCUUCCUCAGAAUGUGAAAGACUAUUUACUUGACGACGGGACUCUGGUGGUCUCAGGAAGGGAAGACCCACCAACAUGCUCUCAGCCAGACAGUGGUGACGAAGCAGAGGAAACACAGUGGUCCGAUGAUGAGAGCACAGCCACACUUACGGCACCCGAGUUUCCUGAGUUCAAUACUCAAGUCCAAGAAGCUAUCAAUUCGCUGGGGGGCAGUGUCUUCCCUAAGCUUAACUGGAGUGCCCCAAGGGAUGCAUACUGGAUAGCAAUGAACAGUUCUCUGAAGUGUAAAAGCCUCAGUGACAUCUUCCUGCUUUUCAAGAGUUCGGACUUCAUCACUCAUGACUUCACACAGCCGUUUAUUCAUUGUAAUGAUGAUUCUCCAGAUCCUUGUAUAGAGUACGAGCUUGUUCUCCGAAAAUGGUGUGAAUUAAUCCCUGGGGCUGAGUUCCGAUGUUUUGUCAAGGAAAACAAGCUUAUUGGUAUUUCUCAGAGGGACUACACGCAGUACUAUGAUCAUAUCUCUAAGCAAAAAGAAGAAAUUUGCAGAUGCAUUCAAGACUUUUUCAAGGAACACCUGCAGUACAAAUUCUUAGAUGAAGACUUUGUGUUUGAUAUAUACAGAGACAGUAGGGGCAAGGUGUGGCUGAUCGACUUUAACCCAUUUGGGGAGGUCACAGACUCUCUGCUGUUUACUUGGGAAGAGCUGACAUCGGAGAACAAUCUGCGAGGCGACGUCAGUGAGGCGGACGCUCUGGAGCAGGAUUCUCCAGCCUUCCGUUGUACGAACAGUGAAGUCACGGUCCAGCCCAGCCCCUAUCUGAGCUACGGCCUGCCCAAGGACUUCGUAGACCUUUCCACCGGGGAAGAUGCUCACAAGCUCAUAGAUUUUCUUAAGCUGGUAAAGUCUAUGGAAGUGUAUGAAAUCCUUCCAAGUUGGGCCCCCCCCCCCCCCCCCCGGACCUUUACUUGACGCUUGUAGAUUAAAGAGCCGCAGUGAAGGCGUUGGGCCGCUUUCUGAGUAUGAGGGGUGAUUUGUCAUUGGGAUGACAGAGAUACUUUCACAGCACAUAGCCACUUAGGAAGGUUGCAUUCCCCUCGCUCUGAAGUGUGCACGUUGUCAUGAGGCCCGGAGAGCUCGUGUCUUCUGCUGCCACACGGUGAUUGUGACUGGGCCUGUGUGUACCUGUGUGAUAAGGAUGCCCGAGGGCUGACCUAGGGUGUCCAGAUAAUCAAGCUUUUUAGCCAGCUUAUCAAGCUAGUUACAGAUUUGUCUUUUCCAUAAUUUCUAGACCUUUCGAAAGUUUCACUUUCUGAAAGUAAUAGUGGUCAGUUAGAAUAUGCUGCUUCAACAUAUUCUUGGUUUCCUCUGACAGAAAAGAAAUCAGCAAGAGGACGACUGAGCGCUGCUUGGAGAAUAAGUCAAGAGGGAAACAGCUUUUCAGAAGCCUCAUAUAGAACACAACUUCCCAGUGACCCAAACUAGGUGCAGAUGGGUGGGCAGUAUGCAAAAUCAUCAGCUUUUAUAUUCGUGUAUAUUUACCUGGAGAAAGAUGGAGGACCUUUGGUACUUGUAAAAGAAAUAACAAUAUAAUAAAUAGAUCUUAAACACAAGGAAGCACACUGUGAUGGUUUGUAUAUGCUUGGGCCAGGGAGUGGCACUAUGAGGAGGUGUGGCCUGGUUGGAGUAGGGGGUGUCACUAUGGGUGUGGGCUUUAAGACCCUAGUCCUAACUGCCUGGAAGUCAGUUUUUUCCUAGCUACCUUCAGCUAAGUUCCUCCUGCACCAUGCCUGCCUGGGUGCCGCCAUACUCCCACCUUGAUGAUAAUGGACUGAAACUCUGACCCUCUGAACCUGUAAGCCAGCCCCAGUGAAAUGUUGUUCUUAUAAGAGUUGUCUUGGUCAUGGCGUCUGCUCACAGCAACUAUGCUAAGACACACACUGUUCUGAAAAUAAAAUAACUUUCUACGAAA